AUGUUGAGUCCAUCAAGUCCAGCCCAGAAGAACGUCAGUGAAGAGGACAGCUCUGGAUCUGAUGCAGGGUCAGAGGUCGGUCUGGAGACAGACCGGUUUGGCUUCCUUUUGACCAAUGGAUCCACAGCUGGGAGUGUGGGUCCACCCCCUGAGCUGGUUAGGCAGAGGGAGGCCAAGUGGAUCAACAUCAUUGGCCAAUGGGAGCGGAUCUUGUUAAAGAAGACCAGUAAGAUCAAAGUGCAAUGUCAGAAGGGCAUCCCUGCCUCACUCAGAGCUAAGUGCUGGCCUCUGCUGUGUGGAGCUACUGACAGGAUGAAACAGAACGAAAAACUCUACCAGGUUCUGGAUUCGCAGCCUGCUCUGCAGAACUGGGUGGAUGUGAUUGAGCGAGACCUAGACCGACAGUUCCCUUUUCAUGAGAUGUUCCUUUCUAAGGACGGACAUGGGCAGCGUGGUUUGUUCCGGGUGUUGAAAGCCUACACUCAGUACAAACCAGACGAGGGUUACUGCCAGGCACAGGGACCAGUGGCUGCAGUACUGCUGAUGAACAUGCCUGCUGAGGAGGCUUUCUGGUGUCUGGUGCAGAUCAGUGAGCAGUACCUGCCUGGGUACUACAGCCCUCUACUGGAAGGAGUCCUGUUUGAUGCAGCCAUGCUGACCUGGGUUUUGAAGAGGACGUGUCCAGCUGCACACAAACAUCUGCAGCACCACAGCGUGGAGCCCCUCAUGUUCGCCACUGACUGGCUGAUGUGUCUGUUCACUCGCCACCUGCCCUUCAACACACUGCUCCGAGUCUGGGACCUUUUUUUCUGCUAUGGGGUGCGGGUGCUCCUCCAGGUGGCGGUGGUGCUGGUGCGUCGGGUGCUCGGCCGGACUGAGCAGAGGAAGCAGUGCCCGGGGCAGAUGGAGACUCUGGAGAGGCUGAGGGCUGUCAGGGAACAGGUUCAAGACAAUGAAGACGAGGCCUUCAUAGUAGAGGUGUGCUCAGUGCCGCUGUCAGCCAAAGAUCUGGAGAGGCAGACAGAGAAGGCGUUAAAAACGUGGAGAAAAGAUAGGCCCUCGUCCACCUUUGACCCCAGAGGUCGCUGCCAGGGAUACCGGAUGGCGUUGGAGAGGGCUCGGAACAACGAGGAGGAACGGGACAGGAAGGAGAGAGAGCAAGGGAACCUGUCUGUCCCUCUCACUCGCUCAGCCUCCACCCUCUCGCUGUCUCCAUCGCUCCUUCACAAGAGGUGGAGGAAAGGGGGAAAAGUUAACGCUGGCGAAUGGGCAGGUGGAGGUAAAGUUGUCCGACAUCUUUCAAUGGGAGCAAAGGAGGACUUAGGAAGCUGGACUGAUUUAAGUUUUAAGAAAGUGCAGGGUGUUCAGGAGGAGGAUGAUGUAAUUUCAGAGGAAAAUAAAAACCAGAGCCAGCUGGAACUGAUGGGACAAACUGAAAAGAAAGACCUGUUAGAGGAACCCAAAGAAAUGGACGAGAGCCAAAACAUACCAACACAACUUGUAGAAGAGACAGAAAAAGUGCCCAUUAAACCACCAGAGGCUGAACAAACAGAAAAGGAGGAAAGCCAACAAAGAGGGACAGUAGAAAGGACUCUGCAAUCCGAACAGACAGUGAACACAGCAGAAGAGCACACAACUGUGGAGACAGAAGAAACCAAAAGUCCAGCAGGAGCUCAGUUUGUUGAAAAAAUUCCUCAGUCAGCUGAACAUACCUCUGAACAAGGGGAGGAGCAGGACUUUAACAUCCAGUCAGUCCAAAAUCAGGAAAUUGAGGGCAAUGACACAAAGGAAGAGACUGAAAAGCAGGUGAAAGAAAGUGAACUUACAGCUACUGUGGAGGAAAUUCAGACCGAGGUAGAGAAAGAUGCAGAUACAGACAUAAAUGUGGAGACGCAGGUGGAACUGAGGACAGAGGCCGAUGUGAAACUCGAGGAGAGGACAGAAACUGAAAAUGUGCAACAGAUACAGGUGGCCACAGUCCCAGAAGUAAGAGUAGAGGUUAAGGUACAAACAAGACCAGAGACAAGGGUGGUCUCAGAGGAAGACAGCAAUGCUGAAGCUGAUAGUGUUAAAAACCAAAAUCAAUCAUUAGAGACAGAGACGCAACAGCAACAGCAAGACGCAGAGACAGAAAAAAGCUCAAAGGGAGAUACAUUUGAAGUUAAAUACCACAAUAAUGAGUCAUUAGCAGAAAUAGAUGUGAAAGAAGAGUCCCACACCCAAACAGAGACAGAAAUUGAUGUGCUGGCACAGACUCAAGAGAAGGAAGAAACACAGGACCGACUGGAGACUGAUGUAGAAACUGAUUCAGAACAACCUGAUAUGCUUCCUCUCAAUGAGACAAACACAGAGAAAGAACCAAUAAUACUACCUUCACCUGAAUGCAUCCAUGACGAAGACGACACCCAGGUCACCAUGGGUCCUGUGGAGGAGGAAAAAAGCAUAGAUCUUCAAGAAGGACACAGCAGGAGAGGACUGUGUAUUCAUUUCUUCUCAACCAACAGAACAGGUCCAAAGCAAAGAUGAUUCUCACCUU